UGUAAUGUACUCGCAUGCGAGGAAAAGUUCCCAAACCGAGUUUCUUUUAUCUCCUACGAAGAUUUUGGUGUACAUUGACGUUUUUCUGACGCAAUUAUGGACCCUGGAUUUGGUUCCUUUUGAUAUUCUGUUCUUGUUUACUAAAAUGAUAGGUAUAGCGGUUAUUCUUUGGUGUAAAUAAACCAUUUUCCUCUCUGAUGGAAACGUUUUCUGCAGUCUACGUUUGAUUGAUUGUGGUUCAGCUGGGUUAAGGUCUUGAGGGUACAGUACUCAUACUGUACAUAAAGCAAAUGCUGUAUGACUAAUGGGGUUACUGGAGCUGAUCCCCGUCCACCCGUGGGAGCCCUAACCGUUUUUAGCCUUUAAACUUUUUCGUUUUAAUUUUAUGAUCUGUUGGAUCGUGAUCUUCAGUUUUAAUCUCAAGGAAAAUGUCCAGCUCCAGCGGGAAUUCUAAGGGAAGAAAGGCAGGAGGGAAGAAGUCCGCCAGUAGUCACGGUCGUGCAUCGCACACCGACUUGAGCUCUAUCGCGGACGUCAAUGGCAUGGACGAACACGACCUAAAGAGCUUGCUGGAUUGUGUAUCACGGUGCGAGAAACCAGACAGUGGUCCAGAAGCGAAAGGCAUGGCCACUGCUAUGCUGAAAAAGGAGCGGGCGAAAAUCGACAAAGAAGAGCGGGCUUUCCCGGGCCAGAUAAAACCACUGAAGACCGUCAACGGCAAUCAUACUAAUGAUCUCCUCUCGGCGCGUUCCGUUGCCGUUAUCGGCGAUGGGGAUGUGAAGGGUCCCGCCAAGGCCUCGACAAUGGUUAACAGCAGUCUGUCGCUGGGUUCAGCCGGGUCUUCCAAGGCAUCCAGUAAUGCCUCCGAUGAGUCAGAAGAAGCGGAUAACUCCGCAGCCAGCAAUGCCAGCGGUGAACAUGAUUAUGGAUGCUAUCCUACAAUGGCCGUACUCAAUAUUCAGGAUGAAAAUGAUGAUGGAAAAUAUGAUAUGAGAAGUUUUAUGGCUGAUAAUUUAAACCAUCCGCCUCACGUUUUAGCCAUUUACCCUUCCGUGAGAAGUUGCGCGGAUGCGUUAAACUAUGGCACUGAAAUUGAUCUCUCAAAUGGUUCGGAAAACACUCGUAGAAUGUCUGGGAAGGAUACGGGUUCUGAUCGGGAGUCCGGAGCGUUGGGUUUUUCAACACAGCAGACCCUGUCGGUGCCAAAAGGCGGGUCCCAGAGUGAUCCUUCCCCGGAUAACAACCACGAAUACCUGAAGAAGAAAGCGGGUCGUAAGCGUCGACUGCAGAAACUCACCAAGUUCGACAAGAAGAAGCCUGACGUGGUACUGGGAUCGAGUCUCGACAGUCAGAAUGAUUUCUAUAAUCGAGCAUUCCAAAAGGCGGCGGACGGUGAAGCCAGUGAUUUCCUUGAUAGAUUGUGUUUCAAUCUGCAUGAGCAAAAGGCGUCCGUAGCAGACGUUUCGAGAAACUCCAACGAAGCGGAAAAUUACUUCAAUAGUGCUUCAAAUGCUGGUAAAGGAAAGAAAGCACAUAGCCGCUCCAAGUCCAAGAAGGACCACACAAGUAUCGACACAUCUAUACCUUACCGUCCGUUGAAUAACAAGAAAACUGACCAAAGUGAUAGCGAAGAAGUGGAGAGUUUCCAUGGUUCAGAUCCUGAGUCAGUACCCGAUGCAGCAGUGUGUGAUAUUGUAAACCAAAGCAAAGAAGUAUUCUUCCAAGCCGAGCCGGUCAUGGACUUCAUGGCGGAUUCCCUCGACUACAACGUUGACUGUGAUGUGGAAAUGACUCCGCUGGAAGACAUGAUGGCUGUAGAUAGCAUAGAUAUUGGGUGUCCAGCCGAAAAUCAAAUGCAGCUGCCGGAAAUACCUCCGUCCGAAAAGAUGGUUGUCUGCCGUACUAGCAGCAAUUCAUCCCGCUCCUCCGUGGAUAAAAUGGAAAUAGAUCACGGAUCCAUGCCUUUAGACGGGUACACUCAGGACGCAGAUAUUGACGAACUGGACAAGCUUGAUCCUUCUUUGGCUGGCGGAUCGGCGCAGGCGAAGAAAAAGAAGCGGAAGAUUAAGAAGAAAAAAUCGAAAGGUAAAAGCCAGUCAGUAACGUCCAAAGAUUCUAGCGUUUCUUCGUUUUUGGUGAACGAACGUGAGCGCGGUGUGGACGUGGCGCCAGAUGUUCCGGUAGUUGUUCCAGCGACCAAGCCAAUGACGCCGGAAUGUGUCAGUGAUCACCAUUCGGACACUGAAUUCCAGGUGGUGGGUCCACGUCGAUACGCACAGAAGACUUCUCCGGCUGCUAAAAGCCAAGCUUCCUAUCCGGGUGCCUAUAAAUACAAUGGUACGGCUGCUUCUAACCGAACGCGCAGCUCGGCUUCCCAGUCCAAAACUCCGAGUAAACAGUCAGCCUCGGUCAGUGUGCCGCCGGCUGCCUCUGAAUAUCAGCUACGCCGUCGAAAUUCCGCAGGAGACAUCAAGAAAGUCGGGUUGGAACCAACGCCUGUAGGAAUGGAAGCUGCGGGUGACAGCAGCGAUCGCGACUCUGUGCGGUCGAUGCCGGUUAAAAAUUCGAAAAAUGGCACCGGCAAAACCACUUCUGCUCCGGCAACUCGUCUUCCGACUCCGGGAAUUAGCUAUGCGGACAUUGCCAAAGGUGCUCAUAAUGGAUAUGCUCAAGCGGUUUCGACGGAAGCAGUUGCGCCGCAGUCGGCUUCGAUUAGUCAGGGUGAUGUCGUCCAGCCGCCGAAAGUUUCGGAUAUAGAACACGAAGAAAAGGGUCUGGAAGCCGAUGGAAGAGGAAUUGCAGAUUCAGAGAAUAAUAAUCCUGACUUAGUGACAAGUGUUGAUACUACGCCGACACCGUGUGGUAACGACGCGGAUUGUCCUGUCGAACAGCCUCUGGAGGAGCACACUACGCCUACGACUGUUAUAGAAUGCCCGCCCGUGGAAACUCAGUAUCAUUCGGAAGAAGUGACUCUGGAGCGGGUUAUACAAAGUGCGCCCACGGAGCCCAUCAAUAGAGCAACAUCGAAUAGCUCGCAGAAGAGCAGUACGUUCGGCCAGCCAUACUAUCCAGAUUUCGGCGAGACAACCAACGUCCAUACAUAUGAAACACACGCAGCACUGUUACGCACUAUGAAACCAAGUCAACCGUUGGCGCCGCGAACUGGCCCGCAGAUUUACCAUCGUCCGGACCUAAAAUUGCCGUUUCGAGAAAAAUCCUAUGGCCGGUAUCAUGACAGGGGUCGACAUUAUGGGAAUCGUGGUAAUGGACCACGGGGAUAUUAUCCGACAGCUCAUUACUCACAUGGUCAGUCCAAUGUCUACUACCAUAAUCGUAAUUUCGACCAUAAUCGAUCUCAACCAAGUGUCCUGCCAGUGGUGCCUUUGGAACAUGGGCGAAAGUUGGAAGCUGAAAAAGAUUGCGGAACGGCACAGAACGAGCGCCCUCGCGAAAGUGGAGAUUCCAAAGUGACCUUGGAGCAGCAAACCGCAGUGCAAAAAGAAGAAAGCACCAUGCAGAAUGGUUCUACUUUAGCCGAAGCGUUGGAUUUUUUUGAAUCAGAGUUUGGAAAAAUUCGUGAGAAGUGCCUCAAAGGAGCUCCUGGAUAUUUGUAUUUCAAGCCGUGAAAAAAUUCAAGACUUUUCGUUCCAGUUAUUUUUUUGUAGUAGAAUUAGUUUACUGGUUGAUAAGAAAUGUUGAUCUUCAGUUGUACAAAUAGAAUCGUUCGUUGAGUCGGUUGAAGGAUCUGGUGGUAGGCAGGAUUAUAUUGUUCAGCUCAAAUGCGAAGAAAUUCAGGUGUUUAUUUGGCUCUCAGAAAUGCCGAAUUUAUAUCAAAGGUUUGUUUCUUUUUGUGUUCAUUAAGAUGUUUCUGGUCUCGAAAAUUGAGAGGAUAGUGUUAUUGCUGUUAUGGUAGCCACCCUCUAAUACUUUUUGAUUUGUCGGCUGUUUUUGUUGUUGGUUUCCUGACGAAUAUUGUUUGGUUAUAAAAUUUAUGCAUUUGUUG